ACUGCCCUGGGGAGCCUGGUCAGUGCCCGACCACCCUCUGGGGGAAGAACCUUCUCCUGAUACCCAGCCUAAACCUCCCCUGACUCAGCUUCAUGACAUUUCCUUGAGUCCUGUCACUGGUCCUGAGAAUGAAGUCUGUCUGUCAGCAGGGCACUGAAUGUAGAUGGUUGCUAUUUGACAAAGCUUCCUAUGACCAUGUACUAACUCUGAUUGGAUGUGGCAAAAGUUCAAAAUUGUGACAGAAUUUAAAGUUACUGUAUCUGACAAAAGAGAAAAAAUUGGAACUAGGAACCAGUUCCUAGUUUUGAUAGAUGUAUGCUAGCUGUUUUCAGGUUGGUGGCAGUAAGUUACAUGUGUAAUAUGCUCUACCUGGUUUGUAGCUGUAACUGUGAUGUAUGGAUUAAAAAAAAAAAAAACAAACCACAAAAAAACCCUCAGCCCCUCUCAAGAAACAACAAAACAAUCUCCCCUCUUCCAAGAACUUGUGAAAACAGAAGCAAAUAAUGCAGUGAUAUAAGAUACACACUUUUGUAUUUUUAUUCUUAUAAGGUUAUUUACUGGCUCUUGUUGGCCUCUAGUUCAGUCUGUGUUAUUUAAAUUCUAAUAUAUGAAUUAUUUGGAUUGAAUUCAUGUUCGGGGCCAUGGUGUUGUAUGUAUUGAUGUACAGCCUUGAAUGUGAAUAAUUAUUGUAAACUAUAUUUUACACCUUUUUUCUGGCUUUAUUAUAUAAAUUUUCUAUCGGUCGAUGAUUUAAUCAUAUCUCAUAAUUUAAUGACUGUUUAUUCUCCUCUCGACAGAUCUCUGUGCUGUAGAUGUGUAGUUAGUGACUGGAUGACGGAUUUCACAUAUGCUUGGUAGUCUGUAAUAAAGGCAUGUAGGGUCCUGCGCAGCCUCCGCCUCUUCCUUCCGGUGGGUCGGGGUGGGGACAGGGGUGGACUCGGGGCUCGGGGGCCGGGCCGGGGCCUCUCCCCGGAGAGAGGGAGCAGGGAGCGGCUCCAGCGGGCGCUUCCGGGGGGCGGCGCGCCCGGGGCUGGGCCGGCGGGGCGGCCCCUUCCGGCGGCGGCGAGGAUGGCGGCGGAGAACCACUGCGAGUUCGCGGUGCCCGUGGCCGGCGGCCUCGGCGCGGGCGGGCCCUGCCGCCGCUGCAGCUCCGCGCCGCCGCCCGGCGCCGGGCCCGGCAAGUGGGUGCGGCUGAACGUGGGGGGCACCUGCUUCCUGACCACUCGGCAGACGCUCUGCAGGGACCCCAAGUCCUUCCUCUUCCGCCUCUGCCAGGCCGAUCCCGACCUGGACUCGGACAAGGAUGAAACAGGUGCCUAUUUAAUAGACAGAGACCCAACAUACUUCGGGCCAGUGCUGAACUAUCUGAGACAUGGGAAACUGGUUAUUAACAAGGACCUAGCUGAGGAAGGUGUACUGGAAGAGGCUGAAUUCUACAAUAUCACAUCACUAAUAAAACUGGUAAAGGACAAAAUAAGGGAAAGAGACAGCAAAAUCUCACAGGUGCCAGUCAAACACGUAUACAGAGUGCUGCAGUGCCAGGAAGAGGAACUCACUCAAAUGGUUUCCACAAUGUCCGAUGGCUGGAAAUUUGAGCAGCUUGUCAGUAUAGGUUCCCAGUACAGCUGUGGCCGGGCUCAGCAGUCAGAGUAUCUGCUGAUAGUGUCACGGGAAGUGAAAGGGGAAGAGAGAUGCUUCCAGAAAUGCUGCAGUGAGCUGGUCAGUAUUGGUUCUUCCUAUAACUAUGGCAAUGAAGAUCAGGCUGAAUUUCUGUGUGUUGUCUCAAAGGAAUUGCAUAACACUCCAUAUGGCACAACCAGUGAACCCAGUGAAAAAGCAAAGAGUGAGGAUGAAGAAACGGAUUACGAUAUGAAUGACUCAGAUUAAGUGUAAAUGUCAUGGUGAGCACUAGCUGCCCUAGGAUUUUAACCAGAUGCUUUUCUGCCCCAUCAGUUCCCACCCCCACUAGUGCUGUCUUUUGGCUAGUCCUGGUGGUGUGUGUGUUUGUGAUUAUAGUUGUAGCAUGGUUAGCAAAGGUAGACUUCCUGUUCUGGAUUAUUGCUGCUUUGACAGAGUAAUAAGUGUUGCUUUUACAAACUGUCUUGUGAUUCGUUCCUUUAAAGCUUUGCUGAGAAGGAAAGUUCUUCAUAUAGACUGUAGGGUCAGAAUUGCUUUUCAUUUUUAUUUCACAUACACCACCUUUUCUGCCUAAUGGGUUUUUUAUAUGUAGAGGCAUCUGAUACAGACUCACAGUAUACAUUUUCAGUAAAUGUUUGAUUUGGCAAUAAUUUAGCAAACUUGCCUGAAGUACAGUGUAGUCCAAAGGUGAUCUUAUCUGAUAAUUUUGAAAUUAAUAAUUUUUUUAAUUGAGAUAUAGCAAAUACAAGUAAAUAGUAUGAUUGUGGUGCAACAGGAAACAACUCUCUGGGGAGGGAUUCUUUCCACUGUUGUUUGACAUCUGAUACAAGAUCAAGGUACUUUAAAAGUCACAAGUAGAAGAGCACAAAAAAACUUGCAUCUGAAAGAACCUUUUCCUAACGUGUCUGCAAGCACUGCUCAUAUUUAUUGUGCUCUCCAGUGUCUAGAAGAUAGCAUACCAUUGAAUGUUUAGUGGUACAGUGUGGGUAGUCACAUGAACCUGUAUAAAUCAAAGAUAUUUAUCAUUGCAGGAGAUUAAACUUCAGCUUCUCACCUAAACACCUGAAUUUUUUAGCUGUAAAGCAGCCUUAUAUUUAUCUCUGAAGUUUGGAUAAUGUUCCCAAGUAUAUGAUGUGAUUCCUGAGGUUUUCCUGUGCAGGGCCAGGAUCAUCACUUGAUGAUCCUUGUGUGUCCCUUCCAACUCAGGAUAUGCUAUCAAUCUGUGAUUCUGUGAAGUUGCUUCACAUGGCUGAAGAAAAACCUACAUUGUUUUCUUAAGUGAUGCUAACAGAAACUACUGCUACAGUAGAACAAGACCUUUUGCCAAGUCUUUAGGAAUGGCUGAAGGGAAUUAAUCAAAUCUGAAGCUUUAUUGAAAAAAAAGUAAACUGGCACUAUGCUGGAAUCAAAUGUAAUAUUCUUAAGCUGCCUGAGAGGCAAACAUUCCUUAAAACACUGUUCUAGCAGCAGCACCUUUGUUUUCAGUGGGAGGAAAUAGUUCUCACGUUCUGCUUCCCUAAGAAGCAAUCACACUCGGGCCUCUAGAAUUUGAGAGUUCAUUCAGCAUUGUUUAGAAUGUAUAAGUCAACUUUGGAUCUGGUGCACCUGUAGGGAAAACAGAACAGAAAUAUGAAAACUAGGGUUGGGACAG